UUCUCUUGUUUUACGUCACUUCCCCCUUAGGUCUCUGUAUGUUUCGAGCGAAGAUGGCGGCCGCGCAGCUAACGGAUGAGGACCUUUUCUCGGAGUUACAGCGACUCGGCUUCGCGCCAGGCCCGGUGAACGAGAACACGAGGCCCGUGUAUUUGAAAAAACUCAAAAAGCUACGGGAGGAGAAUCAGCGGGGAACCAGGUCCGGCAAAACCCGCAACAGCGGAAGCGUCAGUACCAACAGUGGCGGCGGUGGCAACACGGCGGCGGGAGCUGCGGGACCUGGAGCCAGGCCCGCCAGCAAUGACGUCACGCACCUGAGCGCAGGCCGGAGCCUCGGCGCUCCGAACGAAAAACGCACGACCGGAGGGAGCAAGUUCGUCUUGGGCUUCAGCUCCGACGAGUCGGACGUCGAAGUCACCCAGAAGAAAGGGGUCCCGCUGCACGGCAGCAGGAGGGACCGAGGUUCCGGACAUUCACGUCAGCAGCUACAACAACAACCAUCGUCAAGGCCUACGGGAACACCCACCGCUGCGAGCAGGAGUCACGGCGUCGGUAGCAACAUUAGCGGCGCCAAUCUGGGUUCUCCGGCUGUGCGGAGAGGCGGCUCGGAGUCUCCCUGGAGCUUCCUGGUGGUUCCUCAGACCAAAGAAACGGUGGGAAGGGGCUCGGGAGAGACGGGAGAUGAAGACGACUACGACGAGGAGCAAGCAGAGAGGGACAUUCAGGCUCUGAACGGUAGCAGGGGAUCGUUUACUUUCAACAGCAGUAAACUCGCGGUGGAUUACUCCGACUCGGAUGAGGAGGAAACGGAAGCAAAAGAAAGGCAGCCUGAUCGCCGACUGAGUUCCAGACGGAGUCUGUCUAAAUCACCGCCGUCUCCCAUUAAAAGUGCCAGGGGGGCGGAGGGUGGCAGCGAAAAGACAGGGGGUGGCGUAAUUAAAGCAAAUGACCAGGCUGGCGCUAGGAGUCUAGACACCGUGGGAGACGGAGGGGAGGAGGAAGAGGACGCGAGGGAGACCGAUCAAGGGGAAUCAGUGCUGAGUAGCGCCUUGCGAAACCGCAGCUACAGGGGAAAAUCUGGCCUGAUCUCCGGCAUUAUGGGGGAAAGCGCCAGGGAGGGCACCAACUGCAGUCCCUUCACAUACAACAACAACCACGUCAGUGGCUCCGGCGGCGGCAUCGGCAGCAGGUUCAGUACAGGGACGAAGCCUCAGUUCUGCACUUACGGCGGCUUCUCCGCCACAUACCGGUCCAAUCACUCGAACCACACCGGCGCGAACAACUCCUACAGCCCGGCGACGCAGCGGCGAAAGCUGGCGGUGCCGGAGGAAGAGCUGCUGCAGCAGUUUAAAAGCGAUGCGGUCUCUGCAACAGGCGGCUUCAGCGCGCACUACCUCUCCAUGAUCCUCCUGACCGCCGCCUGUCUCUUCUUCGUGGUGCUGGGUCUCAUGUACUUGCGUAUGCGAGGCUCCGGCGCCACGGACCUGGAAGUUGUCGUUAAGACCCAUCCCUUUGGUGAAGAAUUUGAGAAUGCUUAUGGUGACAAAGAGAGAGACAUUAUCCUAAAAGUCCUGCUUCACCUACAUGAUCAUCUGGCCAAGAUUGCUGGUGAGCAUGACUGUGGCGAUCACAACCAUUAUCCAAACAGAAGUCUUUCUCUUACCGAAGCAUCUGACUAUUUAAUGCUUCACAGUGCAGACUACAAGGACUUUGUGGCCUCUGCUCUGGAGUGGGUUCACAAAACAGGAGACGAUGUCGGAAUACGGCUGAUUGGUGCUGACCCAGAGGAGCCCGUGACACACGUGUCGGAGGUCGCACGCUUGGAGUCCACCCAUCCCAAAAUGUCUUUCAUCUGCCGAUUCCGCCGAGCCUUCUUCACAGUCAUCCACCGGGUCCUCCUCUUCCUCGCAGGUGUUGGCAUAGUGUGGGGGGUACUGUGCUACAUGAAAUAUCGCUGGCGGAAGGAGGAGGAGGAGACCAGACAGAUGUACGACAUGGUGGAGAGAAUCAUAGAUGUAUUGAGGAGUCACAGUGAGGCUUCACAGGAAAAUAAAGACCUGCAGCCCUACCUGCCCAUCCCUCAUGUACGAGACUCACUGGUCCAGCCUCAGGACAGGAAGAAGAUGAAGAAGGUGUGGGACAGGGCUGUGUCCUUCCUCUCCGCCAACGAGUCUAGGAUUCGGACAGAGACUCAGAGGAUCGGAGGUGCAGACUUCCUGGUUUGGAGGUGGAUCCAGCCCUCAUUAAGCUGUGACCCAAUAUCCAGCAUUCCGUCCAAAGUGUGGCAGGGAAAAGCAUUCCCGCUCGACAGGAGAAACUCUCCACCCAACAGUCUGACACCAUGCUUGAAAAUACGAAACAUGUUUGACCCUGUAAUGGAAGUGGGAGAGAACUGGCACUUGGCCAUCCAUGAAGCCAUCCUGGAGAAGUGCAGUGACAACGAUGGAAUCGUCCACAUCGCCGUUGACAAGAACUCCCGGGAGGGCUGUGUCUAUGUGAAGUGUCUGUCUGCAGAGCACUCUGGGAAGGCCUUCAAGGCACUCCAUGGCUCCUGGUUUGAUGGCAAGCUGGUGACGGUGAAGUACCUGCGACUGGACCGGUACCACCAGCGCUUUCCCCAGGCCCUGGGCUGCAACGCUCCCCUGAAGCCCUCCAGCAAACACAUGAACACCAUGGCGCACCUGCGGCACCGCGGCAGCGCAGGCAACUCUUCGGGCUUCUCUUGAGAAGGACCCCUGCCGCACACCCUCCGCUGCACCCCUCCUCCGGGGGUGAGGGUGCCCUCCCUCACCCCUCUCUUCACGUGACCCUUCUCUCGCAGGAAGUGCAAGGGCUUUUCGGGCUGUCCGCGCGUACCAGGGAGAGAGCGUGAACCCGUGGGUGGCAGCUGAAGGCGCCCUUCCCGUUGUUUUAUGUAAAGCAGAACAGAGGGGAACUUGAAGACCCCUUCACAUACGGGGCUGUGGAGGAGCUUUGCCUGAGAGGACUUGAGAGUCCCGGGUCUUCACUGGUGCAAUGGACAUCUUUUGUUUUUCUUUGCAUUACAACCCUUUGCUUAUGGAUUAACAAGUAAACAACAGGCUUCCAGUUCUGUCAUUAUAUGUUCAAGGAAACAUGAAAGAAACCGCAGCUUUUUUUCCUUCACUGGCAAAGACCCAAGUUUAAGCAAAUUGUCAGCCUCCACAUUGAGUAGCUGCAUGUGAUGGUUAAUGUUUUCCCUGAGCUAAGUUUUGAAUUGUAACAUGAUGUGGGUAUUUAUUUCUUACAGAAGAGGUGAUAUAAUUCCAUUUUGUAGCUUCAGCCACGUAAAGAGAGGCAUGCACAAACACUUAGACAGGGUGCUGUAUAUACGAAUCUGUGGUGGUGGCGAUCGAUUUGUUGCAUUGUCUUUAAAGGCAAAUCAUAAGCUUUCACUUCCUCACCAGUGAGUUGCCAUGCUUACUGAUCUAUAUUCAGAGGGCAAAGCAUUGUGGGAAUUUCUGGAGUAAACCACUCACAAGGCACGUGAAUGGGCAGUUUUGUUAGCGUUUAACGGUCUGAUGAUUAAAGGCGUUAGAAACCGCAUGUAGGCUUGAAAACGAGCAGGUGGGCUCUUGUUCCAUUAUCCCAUUCGUAAACCUUGUUUUGAAGGAAUUUUCCCACUUCUCUGACCCUUUUACUUUUUUUAUUCCAGUAUAUUCCAACGCACUGUCCAUUUUUAUUAUCCACGUUAAUAAUCAUCAGAGCUUUGAACUGGUACAUAUGAUCAGUUGCACACCUUUGCAGGGUAUGUGGCGUCUUUUUCCCAUAAACGUCAGAAUUUCUGUGAGUUCUGUGGUUUGUGUGUCUUUCGUCAGUCACCUUUGAAAGAACAACCUUUUCACCUCAUGAUCACUCAUUGAAGAAGAUGUGUGUUCUGUUUCUCUACUUGAGUAACGCAUGUCUGAGUGUAACUGAUAACUUCCAAAGCAGGACAUGUUAGGUUUGAACUAACUUGUGAGGCCUAGAUUCCCUCAUCUUAUCCUGUUAUACUGGGACGGGACUGACCAUUUUGGAAUAUAUUUUGACAGU